GGAUGUUCCCGUCCAAUGAAAAUUUCUGGUAGGAUUACGGAAUCGCAUUCCACUCUGCUGAGUGCACAGGUGAGCGGCGUGGGGGAAGGAAACCGUGAACACGGCACAGCUGAGGAAGUCAUGAGAAUCAUCUGGUGUGGACUCCUGGUGUCGCUUUUGUGCUCUGGGGGGCCAGCCGCAGGUGCUCGGGACGGCAUAAGCCCUUUCAUAAGACAUUAUGAAGGACUGUCCUAUGACAGAGAAGCUGUGCACAGGAAACACCAGCGAGUGAAGAGAGAAACGAACCGUGACAGACAGGUGGUGCAGCUGGACUUCAGAGCUUUUAACAGAAACUUCAGCUUGCGCCUGAAAAGAGACACGGCAGGAUUUGUGGAUGACUUUGAGGUCAAUGUAAAAGAAGCUGCCAGGGCGGCCGAUCUCUCUCACAUCUAUUCAGGCCAGCUGGAAGAUGAUGGGACUUCCUCGUGUCACGGCACCAUUCUCCAAGGCCAAUUUGAGGGGAGCAUCGAGACGGCAAAUGGCACAUACUUUGUUGAACCCCUGCAUAGAUAUUCUACCGAACAGUCAGAGCACCACUCUGUCAUCUACCAUGAAGACGACGUAGAUGACCUCGCCGUGGGUAGAGGCCAUGAAGAGUUCUGUGGUGCAGAGCAGCUGCAACGGUUCACCCAGAUCCUCAGGCAGGAAGAGGCUGUUCAGGUUGAGCCUAUGUCCAGGUCAAGGAGAACAGUGGACAGCUCUAAGACCACCUGCCUCCUCCAUUUUCAAGCCGAUCAGUUCUACUACCAGAGGUUUGGGAGUGUCGAGGCAGUAAUUGGACAGGUUGCCACAUAUAUGAAAGCAGUGAAUGACAUCUACGACAAAGUCGAUUUUGAUGGAAUCAAGUUAAUCAACUUCAAAGUGAAGAGUCUCAGGGUGGUGCAUGAGGAGGACCCCUCCAGCCCCUUCUAUCGGCCCUUCGUCGGGCCAGAGAAGCUCCUCAGCCUCUAUUCGGAGAUGAACUGGGGAAACUACUGCUUGUCCUACCUGCUCACCAACCGUGACUACAGCGGAGUGCUGGGACUGGCCUGGGAGGGGAAGCUAGGGAACUGGGGAGGGAUAUGCUCCAAGUUUGCUAUCAUGCGGGACAGGGAGAAUGCAUCCCUAAACACGGGUUUGAUCACGCUGCAGAAAUACGGACAGUAUCUGACCCCCAGGCAUGUCCAGCUCACCUUAGCCCAUGAGCUGGGACACAGCUUGGGAGCCCCUCACGAUGAAGGCAAAAACUGUGGGAAUUUGGGGUCAACCGGAGGUAAAGGCAGGUUCCUCAUGUUCCCGCAUGCCACCAACGAGGUCCAGGAAAACAACGACAAAUUCUCCCCGUGCAGCAUCACGUUUAUCAGUAACCUCCUGAGAAUUAAGAAGGACAAGUGUUUUAUUGACAGUGACCAGCCCAUCUGUGGAAACCGAAUUGUGGAGGAUGGUGAGGAGUGUGAUAUUGGACACAAUGAAACGGACCCCUGCUGCUAUAGCGCCAAAGAACCAGCAGCUGUCCAGUGCAACCUGAAACCCAACAAGCUUUGCAGUCCCAGUCAAGGCCCAUGCUGCAGUAGCAGUUGUGUGUUCAAGCGCUAUGGGGUGAUCUGUGAAAAGGAGUCUGAGUGUCAGCUGACAAGUACAUGUUCCGGAACACUGGCCACAUGCCCUCUUCCCCUUGCCAAGCCCAACAUGACAGCUUGCGCAAAGGACACACGGGUCUGUCUUAAUGGGGAGUGUGUCCAGUCGCUGUGUCUAAAGUAUGGCUUACAGCAGUGUGACUGUUCUGAAGUAUCCACAACAGAGAAAUGCUACUUGUGUUGCCAAGAGCCAGGUAAGCCGAACACCUGCGCAAGCACGACGUCCUCGGUUCUGUCCCAAUACUUCCAUGGGGCCAGCGUGCCGCUUGUGGCGGGGGCCCCCUGCUUUGACAAACAGGGCUACUGCGACAUGUUCCGGGUGUGUCGCAUUCUGGAUGCCGACGGCCCCAUCGCGCGGCUGAAAAACGCCUUUUUGCACCUGAACGAGUUCGAUGACUUGGCCGAAUGGAUGGAGGCUCACUGGUGGCACAUUCUCCUGGCCAUAUGUGUGAUCGCAGCUGUGAUGGCCUGCAUUAUCUGUUUGUGCGGAAGGACCCUGGAGAGCGAGAAAGACAAGGAGAAGUAGACACUCUGGCCAGUGCUGAAAUUUGAAUGCUGGGAUAGAGGAGGCUGCCGGUGCAAGGGCUCAGUGUUAGUCACGCAUCAGCUAGAACCUGGUUUUGAGCGCAUCAGCUGCGAGAGCAACUGGACUGAUUGUGUUGUACUCAAGUCACUGAAUUGUUAGUCAAGUCUCAUGUCUCCAGUUCCCAAGUCAAGUCCAAGUCCAAUGUCAUCCAAUCACCAGUCAAAGUCCCAUUCCAAGUUUUACCUAUGGUACUCAUAUUAAUGUCCUGAAACAACUUACAAUCUAGAAAAUUGAUUACAAUUACAGAGACAGCAACGUUGAAUCUCCCUUUUUCAUUUAGGAAGCAUGAAUAGUCCAUUAAACGUGAGCUACUACACAAAAAUUCCAGGUCCAGGUCCAGGCUAAAAAACUCUUCAGGUCUGAGUCAAGUCCCAAGUCACAGAUGUUUGAGUCCAAGUCGAGUCACAAGUCAUGGUUAUUGUGAUUUGAGUCCAAGUCCUGGACUUGAGUACUGUAAGACUGGUUUGAAGCCACCAACUACAAACCACAGUGACAAACCACAGUUUUGUAUGCCUUGUUUACAUACAUAUCUUCCAUGUCAACAUGCACUGUCAUUUGCAGGGUCAUUUACCUUUGCCCUUUUAGCACAAUUUUAUCAACAUAUGUGCUGAAGGCUUGUUUACAUUUCCCACUGUGUACACUUUACCAAAUGAAGCACAUUGGGUCAAACAAGAAGAUGUCAGGUUCUAAGAAUGAAUACAUGUGACACAUGUCACUCCAAACACCAGAUCGUAGGACAUGUCCUUGCAUGGGAUUCAGCUUGUUUGCUUUGCAGGCCUUCUAAGCAGGCCCCCUCCCUCCAUGUCUAAUUUGGGCCUUGACAAUUUUCCAGGUUUCCAUCGUUGUCACAUUGCCAUACUUGUAUUGCAAGAACACCAUAGGAGGGAAGACACAUUAAAAUUCAAAAGGGAUCUACGCCCAAGGAAUACCACUGAGUACAGUAUUUACAUAAUCAGUUUUGGCCCUCCCUGUGGCAAUGGCAUGACAGUUGAGAUACUUGAUGGAUGCAGGACUCGUAUGAUGUUGUAAUUUGGAACACGGUAUCCUACGUACUUGACUCGUUUCCAGUGUGCCCCUUACACCUCUUGUGCCCAAAGUGUCCGUCAGUCACAUUGAUGACAAGAUGAUGCCAGGUGUUUAUGUGAUCAUUUCCAUGAGUCAGAAAUAAAUGAUGCGCAACCAUAUUAAGAGAAAAUUAUAGCGUGAAGGGCUGGACAGUUGGCACUUUCCGUUGCAUCAGAGAUGCCUGUAUGAGCCUGUCUUUGCUUAAAAAAUGUUAACGGUUGUUCUGUUGAGUCCUUGGUCUUGAUUAAAAACACUUCUAGAAAGUACUGAUGUCAACUUUCCUGGUUAGUUGACUGUCCAAUAAGCCUUCUAUUGCAAAAUAAUUAUACUUGAAUGGCAUUAGAGACACUUCUACAACAGUAAGACAGUGAAUGCCCAACAUACAUAAAGCAAUACACAAAGCUAUAACCCGUUUUUGUGAAUGCAUUGGUCACUAUUUGACAGUGUGCUUUGUUUUUGUUAGUUUUUUUUUUACCAACUUUUUUCUCUGCAAGGUCAGUUGCACCCAUACAGGGAGCACUACCUCUGAUGAGCAGCUGACAUCUUCUGCAUACUCAUCUGUGAGUCACUGACUAUUUUACAUUCUAAAGCAGGGAUACUCUAAUCUGGCCCUCAAGGCCAGUAGUACAGCUGGUUACAAGAGUAAACCAGGUAGACAAGAAAUCUAUCUACUGGUCUUGAGGUCUAGAUUUGAGUAAACCCUGCUCGAGAGGCCACAGAGUACUACAUGAGAGCUAACACUGAUUGGUGGACAGAUAAUUGACACUGACAAACAACUGGUUGCCUGGUUAAAUUUAGGAAAGAAUGCUGAGGUAAUGAAACAUGUAAACUUGAAUGUCAUUUCAGCCUAAUUCUGAUCAAAAGCUGUGUCAAGCUACGUAAAUUUUGCUGUCAGUUUUGCGCAUACAUAGAAUCCUUCUUUCAUGGUUUCGCCCACUACGUUGGGUCAGGAAUAAUUGAUUCAUUUUGCAAAUCCUUGUUUGAUCUGUGGGACAUCAGUACAAAGAUGAUGGGCGAUAUCCGUGUAAGGAUGGCAAGGCCGCCGUCAUUACCCAAAAAAUAAAGUGAGUGGUACUGAAAGCCAGAUGUAAGGACAGGGAAAUGUAUUCAACAGGUCUGUGUCCACAUUAAAGCUAUGUUACAUGUACACGGUUUACAAUAAAAUAACAUACCUCUAUCUUCACGAUA